ACCCUUCAACGAGAAAGGAAAAAGAAAAACACCCACCAUUCACCAGAAAAUUCUUGUUUUUUUAGCUUUUUGAAGAAGAGGAAGAAGAGAAGAAGGGUUGAAAUGGGGUCGAGUAGCAGUCGAAUGGGGUCGAAGCCAUCACCCGUGAGGCUUAAUCGCCCACUUAAACGCUUUUCAAGACUCUCUUCUCUCUUCAUAUGUGGUUCAUCUUCCUCUCAUGCUCCUCUCGAGAUGGAAGAUUAUCCUGCUGAAAUACUAAAAUCUUCAGAACAUUGUGACCAAGUUACCAACAUGGUCCAUCCCCUGGAGGAAUCUACUUCGGUCUGCAGUAUGGAAACUAGGUUCAGUAGCACAGGUACUGAAACUGGAAUUUCGUCUGAAUGCAGUACCUCAGCCUCUGGGGUUCCAUAUAUUGAAGGUGGUUCAGCAGGUGUAGGAACAAGUAACUCUAGAAAAUGCUUGAAUGAAAGCAUGGGGUUAGUUGCUUCUGAGGUAAGUGCAGAUUAUAGUCAUGGUGAAUCUCAUAGGGAUAGUUGUGCUUCAGCUAGAUCUUCUGUAAAAGAACAAUAUUCAGCCCCCGUCUCAAUAAAUCUUUCGGUUAAUGAGGAUGCAACCAGUGACUUUGAAAAUGCAAACAAGGAUCCCGAGCCAAGUAUUUUGUCUUCUCAAGGGCUCGAAGAUUCAUAUUUACACGGGAUACUAGUUGAGAAUCAGUUGGGCGAAGGAACAACAGUCCAUAGCUCUGCUUCUGAUUCUGCUCACCAUCCAUCUGAAUCAGUGACUUUCCAAUCACUAGGAGGUGAAUCAAUUAGAGAGGCAGUACCUUCAGGUGUAGGAUUUCUUGUAUCCAAUAGGGAACGGGGCCAGGGAGAUGGAAGUGUGCUUAACGUUGAUGUUGUGAGUAUCUCUUCCAAUAUCUUAUCUGGUGGCAGUGCUGAUACAAGUAGUCGUGAAGCCAGGAGGAAUAGUAGAAGAUUGUUUUGGGAUGCAUUUUCGAGACAUAGGUCCAGAAGACUUAAUGAUUCUCCAUCCAUUUUCCUCUCAACAGAUGAUAGUGAUGAUAUCGGAUUUCAUGAUAGGUGGCUCCUUGAUUUCAGUGGCAAUUUCUUUUAUGAUGGCUCAGGAGGUGAUUCUGGUUACCUCAGCAGUAGGUUUCACAGCUUUAAUGAACGGAGACGACACUCAAGAUCGGAGAUAUGGGAAAGGCUGCGUCGUGGACAUGAUGAAAAUAGUCAGCAAACUACAUUUUGCCCAUCUGGACUCCACCCUGAUGGCACAUGCUCAUGUGAUUCUCUCUUGAUGACUGAUGAGUCUAGUGCUCAUGCAAGUAUGUCACGAAUAGUUAUGCUUGCCGAGGCUCUCUUUGAGGUUUUGGAUGACAUUCAUCGGCAGCCAGCAUCACUUUCUUUGUCUAUGGUGUCUCUCCCGGUCCCGGAAUCUGUCGUUGAUUCUUUCCCUCUCAGACGUCACGAAAAAGUGGAUGCAGCUCAGACCGGGGAUGCCAUUGAACAGUGUUAUAUAUGCCUGGCCGAAUACGACGACGGAGACAAAAUAAGAGUUCUGCCUUGCCAGCACGAGUUUCAUAUGUCCUGCGUCGAUAAAUGGCUAAAAGAGAUACACGGAGUGUGCCCGCUUUGCAGAGGCGAUGUCCGUCGGGGUGUGGAAUCAUCGAUCUCGAACUCGGAGAUUCCCUCUCUUUGAUAGAACUGCACAUAUGUAAAUACACUAUUAAAUAGUAAUGAAUUCUUGUACGAAUUCUAAAUGUUGUAUUAACAGUAGCACUCAUGCUGUAUACCCCCCCCCCACAUACCAUGUUAUAUCAUAUACAAUGAAUUCUAGGAAAAUUGCCUGUUC